AUAAAAAGGUGGUAUGAUUUAUAGUACACCUGACCACCUAUCAAACAAAGCACUAUUUAAUCAAAGCAAUCGGCUGUUUUUAUUGAUUAUUAUUUGACAAACUAUUUUCUGGGACAUCAGGGAAAUUUUUAUCCACGCCCAUAUAAAACAAACAUCGUCCCUGUAAAAAGCAAACAGAUUUCUAAUUUAUUUGAACUUACAAAAUUAUGAUAAUAAUAAUAAUAAAAAAAGACUUUAUUAAAAUAUGUCUAUCCAAUCAGGAACUUUAAAUGCGCCUUUCGUUUAUUGACAAACACCAAGCACUGAUGUGGCGAUCAAUCUAUGUCAAAAUCAAAUUUUAUUAAAGCGGACCAAAGCAAACGAAUUGAAUCCCCGCCCCGCCGCACUUCCAGUUUUAUAGUGGCUAUAAGUCAGAGAUCAGAAGCAUAACCUGGCGGUCUUGACGGCAUAGUAACAUCUAGCAAACAUGUCGAUUGAGUUUAAUCCUGAACUCUUCUUGGACGUAGUUUUCUCACUGCUUCUUGUCCUCAAUAUAGCAGGGAAUUACCUGGUGAUAUAUAUCAUUUACAAAAAGCAACGGACUUCAACAGACUAUCUUUUACUGAACUUAGCGCUGUCAGAUAUGUUGUUUGGAGUACUUAUCGUUCCCAAAUUUUUUAAAAACACAAUAAUCAAGCGAACAGAUAAUAUAUUUGAAAACGUUUGGAUGUGCUUGUUGUUCAAGAAGGGAACAUUGCCUUACACAGCUAUAUUAAGUUGUAUUUCCACCAUGAUGGCAGUAACGCUGGAGAGGUAUUUUGCUAUUUGCCAUCCUCACAGUUUCAAGAAAUGGUUUUCUACUCGAAGAGUGAAAAUGGCCAUAGUAAUUUGUUGGUUAUUAGCCAUAGCUUACUACAUUCCUUAUUACAUUAAAGCUAAAUGUAGAGAUGUUGACUAUGAAAUUGCACAAGUUUAUUCUCUUUUGUCAAUGAUUUUGGCAGUGUUGGAGCUUGUGUUUUUGAUCAUCCUCUCGACAAAAAUCUACGUGUCGCUUUGGCUGAAACCGACUGGCAUCCAUCCUUCUGCAUCACAAAGAGAGUUAGAAGAAAGAAAACUAAAGAAAAAAGUCACACGUUGUGUACUUGCUGUCGUUGGAUCGUUUGUGUUGAGUUAUAUUCCAUUCUUUACCAUACAAGCAUUGUCCAAAUACCACAUCCUCUCGGACAAUAAUUUAUUUGGUUUUUCACCAAAGAAACUCAUUGAUCUCUUCCUGGCGAUUAAUGCUGCUGUGGAUCCAUACCUUUAUGCCUUUCAGAAUACUAGACUUAGAGGUUUCUUGAGAAAACUUCUACUUUGUGGGAAGACAGCAAAUGGGCAACAGGAAUGAACUUAUAAAAACGUUAUUACCUGAACUACUGAACGAAAAGUGAGUCCAAAAACCGGCAUUAACAGCAAAUGGGUUGAAUUGGGAAAGAAGGAGGAAUAUUCCAUUCUAUACUCUGCCUAACGAUCCCCGGCUAACGCCGCGAAUUUGGAGAGRGGUUGUGGACUCAUUCAAUCCACCCUUAGAACAGUCGAAUGUUCUUCUCCAAGUGAAGUGGCUUUUUUCAUUACAUUUACAUUAAUUUCAUUCCUUAUUACAUUUAAUCAUGUAAUGAAAAAAGCCACUUCACUUGGAAAUAAAAAAUGCCACGCCAUGUGAUUAUAUACCGAGCAAACGUUUUUAUGAAAACCAGAGCCGCAGAAAAGGAGUUUUUGAUGUCUGUUAAUAGAUUCCCAUCCAUGGGGAGCUUUUUACUUCUUGAUAUGCGUGCCACCCACAAUUUCAAUUCAUAGCUGAUUCGACUGGUUGACUGUUUGUCUUUCCGAGUGGUUUUGGCGCAAAUCAUUUGUUUUCGUACUUAGUGAUAUCGUAUAAUAUUCGUGUUUAUAUAUAAAGAUGCAGUUAGCGUGGUUUUAAACCAGAAAUAAAAAUUGGGUGGUAUAGAAAUCUAUUAUCAUGAUAAAUAAUGUAUUCUACUAGUUUUUUUUAUUGACUACAUGUAAUUAAUUAAUGUGUACUGUCCAUAAUUUUAAUUUGUUUUUUCAUGCUCCACGAUAUCUUUUCUGACGGCUGGCGCAACGACGUCAAAACGCUAGAAAUAUCGAGGCAGAAGUAAUAUCCUGUCUUUCUCAAUUUUCCAAAAUAGCUAGCCCGACUUCACGCUCUAAGAGUUUGAAUGCUGGAGUGAUUGGAAUCCUUUGGGUUACCUGUGUAAUCCAAGCUUGACAAGUGUAAUCUUAAAUUUCAGCUUGAGAGAAUAAAACCUCGAGAUCAAUUAGAAUAGCAACAUCAACAACACAGAAAACUAAAAGAGAAAAAAAGCCGAAAAAGAAAAACGACAAAGAAAAAGAAAAACCAUAACAAACGAAAAACAUACAUUUUAUGCCCACAGCAGGACUCGAACUCUUGCUUUUCAUACGAAUGUAACUUACACCCCCCCGGAUAUCUGAUUAAAAUAUGGAAAAUACGAAAAAAUGAAAAAUG